AUGCAUUAAGAAACUUUUAUCAGAAUUAAUUAGUUAUUAAAUAGUAGCUUUGCCAGUCAUGUUGAAAUCACCUUAGAUUGUUAAGAAUAUUCAAGAAUCAAAAAGUCUGGAUUGUCAUUUGAAUAAAUCUUCUUUGAACUAUUUUCUGAAUUUAAUCAAAGCUCUUUGUUUAUUCAUUUUCUAAUUCCUUAUAAUAUGCAUAAGUAAAAUAAAUAGAAGCUUUAUGUUGAGAAUGUUGCUAUAUUAAUAUAAAUUGUGAUCAUAGUUGCACUUUACAAAGUUUAUGAAAAAUCAUUCACUCUUGGAUACUUUUAUUUAAGAGCUGUAAUUUUUCUUGGAGUAAAUUUGCCCUUCUUUACAAAACUUAGCAAUAAUCAUUAACAUUUUGUUGAGUAAUUUUACAAUCUAAAUAUUAUAUAGUUAUGUUUGCAAGACUACCAUAAAUAUGGUCAAAUUUAAAAAUAAAGACAUUGGAUAACUUCUCUUUGUAACUGUAUUUUUAUAAUCUACAGGAGCAGCUGCAAGAUGUUUCACUAUUCUAGUCAGUUCAACAGAUGGAAUGUUGAUUGUCAAUUAUUUUAUCUAUUGAUUAAAUUUAGCUCCUCAAUGUCAGUGUGA